CAGUACAUGGAAUCCCAAGAGAACGACUAUAUAAGUGGGGUCACUCUAGUCUACUCUCCCUCCACUCUCCACUUUCGACUCGUGGUUGCUCUUCUCCCUCGGAUUUCCACGCUCAGAAACCUCACUCUCGCUCUCUCCGAUGGUGAUUCUCUCUAGCGAUCUCCAACCAAUGGCGGCUGAGCUCGCUGAGAAGGCACAGGAAGCCUUUAUGGAUGACAACUUUCAACUGGCCGUAGACCUCUACACCCAGGCCAUUGACUUGACCCCCAAGGACGCCAAUCUUUAUGCGGACCGAGCCCAGACCCAUCUCAAGCUCAACAAUUUCACAGAAGCGGUGGCCGAUGCAGACAGAGCAAUUCGGACCGAUCCUUCGAUGGCUAAGGCUUACCAGCGUAAAGGCACUGCCUAUAUUAAGCUUGGUGAAUAUCAUACUGCUAAGGAAACCCUUGAGCAAGGCGCAUCUUUGGCGCAGAAUGAUUUCAGAUUCAUCAAGUUGAUUAAAGAAUGUGAUCAGCACAUCACAGAUGUUUGUGCUGAGGACACUACACGAGAUGUGCCACCAAGUGCUGCACCCGCUGCUGUUGCCUCUGAAUUAUCUGAUGAAACUGUUGUAACUCUUGAAAAAUCUAAGGAAGGAGACAAUAUGUCCCAGCAGACGAGCACAAUUACACCAGCCAAACCAAAAUACAGACAUGAAUACUACCAGAAGGCAGAGGAUGUGGUUGUCACAAUAUUUGCAAAGGGCAUACCAGCAAACAGUGUGGUUGUUGAUUUCGGAGAACAAAUUCUAAGCGUCAGCAUUGAUGUCUCUGGUGAAGAUGCUUAUCAUUUUCAAUGUCGAUUGUUUGGAAAGAUACUACCUGAGAAGUGCAGAUAUGUAGUAUUGUCAACUAAAGUUGAAAUCCGGCUUGUGAAAGCUGAAUUUAUCAACUGGUCAUCUCUUGAAUAUAGCAAGGAAAUUGCAGUAACUCAAAAAGUAAAUGUCUCAUCAGUUGGAUCUCAAAGGCCUGCUUAUCCAUCUUCCAUGCCAAGAAAAAAAGAUUGGGAUAAGUUGGAGGCACAAUUAAAGAAAGAGGAGAAAGAAGAGAAGCUAGAUGGUGAUGCGGCUGUAAACAAGCUGUUUCGAGACAUAUACCAAAAUUCCGAUGAGGACAUGAGGAGAGCUAUGAGCAAAUCUUUUGUAGAGUCAAAUGGGACAGUGCUGUCAACAGAUUGGAAAGAAGUGGGUUCAAAGAAGGUGGAAGGCAGUGCUCCUGAAGGUAUGGAGUUGAAGAAAUGGGACUAUUAGUGGAAGGCGUUAACUAAGAUAAUAAUGACUGCAGGAUCUUAUUGUGCUCUAUCAACAUUAACCUUUUCACUUGCUUUUUCUUUGUUUUUUUGGGGGUCUACAUAUGUCUAAGUUGUAAAUUAGGUUUGAUUAUGUUUGUAAGUUACUGUAGUUGGCUUAAAGUUUUUCAUGGAUUCUAUGUUGCAUUGAAGAGGACAGAAUACAGCUCGAGUUAUAUUUUCAAAUCCAUAAGUUGUGAAACAUGUACCAUGAUGUGGAACUGAUA